AGAGGGUUUCUUCUCUCAGUUGCUGCUGAACGGCUCUUUCAACUCAUUUCAGUAUCUGAGGCCUCAAGAUGGUGCCUCUUCUCUUUACACUCGUUGUACUAACAUGGAUCCAGCCGUCGACAGAAGCCGUCUUCUGCAAACCAAACAGCAAAUACGUCCAUCCUCUGAACUGUUCAAAGUUCAUAAUGUGUGAUUCAUCAGGCAACCCAAGGGUGUUCAUUUGUUCAAAAGGACUUCACUACAACGCCGAAAAGACCGCUUGCGACUGGCCUACAAAUGCGAACUGUACUCUGGACAGCCCUGUAAGCCAUCAACCAGCCAAGAAAACAGUGAAAGGCGCAUCAGAUAGUAAAUACAGUGUUAAUAGUAAUAAAAACAUGAAUUCCAGAGCAAAUAAAAAUUCGAAUUUAACGUACAGCAGUAUAUUGCAAAAACCAUUGAGUGCUAAAUCUAUUUCAAAAGGCAAUGACAAUCCUCCAGCUAACAAACACGCAAUGUCCAAGACUAAAACGGGCACUAAGACAAUCAAAGCAGAGGGUAUACAAAACAAAGCUAUGGGAUUAAACACAACUCAAGAAGAUAAACACACCAAAACAAAGGAUCAAUUGCCAAAAGAGGCUGCAAAAGGUUUAACUGACAUUAAAAAUACACCCCUCAGUGCUUCUGAAACCAAAGAGCCAAGUAAAAGUAAAAUGAAACUGGAGAAAUUUCAAAUGGGAAAAAAGGGUGUAAAAAUAAAUCAUGAAGGCAAGCCUGUAUUAAUUAAACAAGAUAAAUCUGAAACUCAAGAAAAUAAAAACACAAGCAAUGAAGAUAAAUCCAAGCACACUUCUGAAGAAGGAAAAUCUAAAACUUCCGAUACAAGACAUACUAUGAUAAAAAGGCAAGUAAAAGAUGAAACUAAAGCUAUCCAGACCGAAAGGAAUCCCACAAAGAUAAACACGGAUGACAAUUUAGAGAAAACUAAAGACUCAAUUGAAGAUAAAAGUGAAGAAGUAAGCAGAACUAAAAAACAAAAAUUCGUGGAGCAAAAGGAAGAGAAAACAAGUGUAGAAGAAAGUAAUAGAAACGUUGAAACAACUGGCAAACAAGACAAGAUCGAAAAAGUUAACUCUAAACAAAAAUCCCUUAUAUACAGGAAAAUAUAUAUCAAGCCUUCAAAAAACCAUCGGAUCACUGAUAUAAAAGUUACGACAGAAAAAUCAAACUCAACUUUAUACAAUGAAUCGACUUCCAACCCAGAAACUACCAUUGAAGAUUAUACAGAGUCCAACAAGACUUUUAGUAGCAUCGACAACUCAAAUAAAACCUAUACUAACAACCAUAGAGAUCAUGAAUUCGCUUUGGUAAUUUUAGGUUCUUACGAUAUGCUUGGAUACGAGACAAAUUCAGCUGCUACUAACGGGACCAAAGAGAGUACACCUGGAACUGGCUCAGCUUUUGAAAACACAACUACAACGUACGUAACACAACCUCCCAAAUGA